AAGGUGAAGGAACAAAAAAAAAAUGGCUUUUAGGAAUAACAUGAAAUUGGUCAUUAUGACCUUGGUGGUAUGUGCUUUGUUGCAAAAUACAGAUGCAGAGAAAGUGCAUGUUGUUGGAGGUGACUUGGGAUGGAGAAUACCUCUUGGUGUCCCCAUAGUUUAUGAUGCUUGGGCAUCAUUGCAGGAUUUCAAUGUUGGAGACAUUCUAUUGUUCAAUUUCACAAAUGGGGAGCAAGAUGUAGCAAGAGUCACAAAGGAAGCAUACCUAAUUUGCAACACAACAAACCCAAUCUCCCUUAAGAAGACUAGUCCUGCAAAUUUCACCUUGGAUACUGCUGGUGAUUACUAUUUCAUUAGCACCUUGGACCAACACUGCUUAGAGGGUCAAAAGUUAGCCAUUCAUGUACAUGGUUCUGGUCCUUCACCUGCUCCUAGAGGAUUACUCAACUACACUGUUGGUGACAAGUUGGGGUGGUUAGUACCCCCAGGUGGUGAAAUUGCAUAUGCUACAUGGGCUUAUGGGAAAACAUUUAUAAUUGGAGACAGUCUUGUUUUUUACUACCUAAAUGGAACACAAGAUGUUGCUGUGGUCACCAAAGAAGCUUAUGAGAAGUGUGAAACAAACAAUACUCUUGCUGUUUAUACAAGUAGUCCAACAAGAAUCAUUCUUAAAACCACUGGUGAACAUUUCUUCACAAGCACUUACAAACACCACUGUGCCUUGGGACAGAAGCUAGCUAUUAAUGUCACUAGUUUCAAUGGUACUGCCCUUUCCCCAGAAAGUGCUUUAUCUCCCACUUACCUUGGACCUUCAACUUCAGCUCCUGCACCUUUCAGCUCUGCCCCAUCUAUGGUUAUAUGUGGAUAUAUGGUUACACUCUUGUCCAUUGGCUUGGCUUUCAUCAUUUGAUCCGGAGUAGUAAAUAUGUGAUUUCUGAUUAUACAUAUGAGAUUUAUGUUUCAGUCUAUAUUAUUUAUAUUGAGAGUUGAGACUGUAUCCAUUUAUUGGAUUUGUAGAUUGGUUCUAUAGUGUAAUUGGCUGGCCAUUUUGCUUUCAUCUUUGUAUAAUAAUUUGAAUAUUUCAUUAUUGUAC